CAAAAUCCAACAAAGCCAUCACAAUGUCGAAGAACAUCAAGACAAUCCCUACCUCCGAGUACGACGAGGUCAUUCGCGUCGUGCAGGAGUACUAUGUCGAUGGUCUCCGUGUCGGCAGCACCGCAACUGUUGCCAAGUCUUUCCACAACGACGCCACUAUGUACGGACUCACUCUGGAUGGAGUUCUUCUCGGCGGCCCUGUUAAGAACCUAUACGACUUCAUGGAUCAGCACGGCGAUGCGCCGAAGAUCAAGACUCGCCUGGAUAUUGUCGGCAUCACCCCUACGACAGCAGUUGUGAAGGUGGACAUGGAGAAUGAUGCUGCGGGGUGUGACUACACCGACUUCCACACUAUGAUCAAGUUGGACGGAAAAUGGCAGAUUGUUGCUAAGGUGUUCCAUACAUACAAGUCUUAG